AUGUACAAGACCAGCUACCUGCACGAGGUGCGCAAGGAGAAGUAUGAGCGCUCAGAUGUUUUCGAUGAGGAACCUAUGGACUCUGAAUCCUCUGCGGGCAUCUCAGCCAUCCAGGGCUGGGAGAGCCUUCAGGAGCUCAACAACCGCUUCGCCCGGUACAUCAACAGGGCCCGGGUCCUGGAGCAGCGCAACGCCGUGUUCCGCAAGCAGCUGGAGACGCUGCAGCGGAUGGAAGAGGCCAGCGGACUGGAGGAAGCCUUCACAGAGCAGACUGAUGUCAACAGGCAGCGCAUCAGGGAGCUGUCCUCCGACCGGGCCAAGCUGCAGAGAGAUCUGAAAGAAGCCUGCCGCAUGCUGGAUGAAUUCACCACCAAAUACAGAAAUGAAUGUGAUUAUCAAGAGCAGCUCCGGGGCACACUGGAACAAUUAAACAAGGAGGCUGACAGUGCUCUGCUGAGAAACCUGGAGUACCAGAUCCAAACCCAGUUUCUGCAGGACGACAUCAACUCCACCAGAGACAGGCACAGGAAGAACAUUGCAGAGAUUCAGACCUAUGUAAAUAUUUUACAUCAGAUCAACCAGACACUUCCCCUUGCUCCCAAUGUGUCACUGGGCAUCUCUGAGGAGAAGCUGCUGGCCCAGAGGAAAGUCCCCGCUCUGCAGAGUCAGCUGGAGGAAUAUAAGAGCGCCCUCUGCCAGCUGCAGGAACAGAAACAAUGCCUUCAGACCGAGACUACAGUGUUGGAGCAAACCAUCAAAGGUACACAGGAGGGUUAUGACAAUGAGAUCCAGAUGUACAACGAUCAAAUCGAUUCUCUGCGCAAGGAGAUCGAGGAAGCUGAGCGGUCCCUCGAGAAGUUCACCAAUGAAUGUCGCCACCUGGCCAUGUACCAGACCUCCCUUGAGAAUGAGCUGGAGAGAUACAAGAGGAUCAUCGAGAAUGAAGAUAACAGGUUGAACUCAGCAAUAAUUGGCACCCCCAUUACCCUGUUCACCUCUAAUUACCGCUCCACUCACACACCCACUGCAUCAAGCAGGGGCAGAGAUAUCACCCAGGCUAUCCAAGAUAUCACCAGCAUCAAGCCCCGCCAGAAGAUCAUGGCCAAGAAGGUCCUGAAGAAGAAAGAGCUGAACCCGAAAGAUGUGAUGGACAGUGGCCAGGAGGAAAGAGAUGGUGGUGCCGCUGGAGAGGCACCGGAUGAGGAGACAAAGGGGAUCCCAUCCAUGGAAGAGAAGGAGGAGAGGGUGAAGAGAAGAGAGGAGAGACCUGUUCUCACCGGAGUGUCUCCACAGGAUGUCCCAGACGGAGCUCAGAUCAGCAAGGCCUUUGAUACUCUUUGUAACAUCGUGAGAGACAGAAUGAGGAAGUACAAGAAGCCUGAGCCAAUCGCUGACUUCUACACCAAGGGGCGUUACGUUCUUGUCACCGGCGACGGCAGCUACCCGGAUCCAUGCUUCUGCACCUCAACACCAUCAGGCGGACACAUCUUCGUCACUAUCAGAGAUGGUACGAUGCCCCCUUAUGAGCCUUAUGAACCCAUCACACCCUUUCCUUCACCCUCACCUCCAAUUCCAUCUCCUCAGCCCAUAGUUGACCCCAAGCCUCCACCUCCCAACCCUACACCUCCCAACCCUACACCUCCCAACCCUCCACCUCCCAACCCUCACUUCAAAGGAGGAGGGGGAAAAGGUAAGGACAACGGAGGCAAAGGUAAGCAUAAGAAUGUAGAGCCUCAUCCGAACCCUAAAGAUCCGAGCCCCAUCCCUUCACCCUUUGGCCCCAAGGCUCCAACCCCAGCUGACGAUCCUGGCAAGAAUAGCCGAGAUGACAAUGGGCCCACCCCAAAGCCUGCGCCUCGUGGGGCCAGCAACAGCUCCAGCUCUGGCACCUAUUCCCCAGAAGCCAUGAGCUACGAGAAGUUGGAAGUGGUGGAGUCUGUGGAGAAGUUCUCCAAUGGCCGCAAGGUUCAAGGUUACGAGGAGACUUCCAUGGUGGUGGAGACCAUGAUCGAAAAGUCCAGCAAGAAGAAGUACUGAAAACCCUCUCACCUGACACGAAGAGUCUGUCAACUCCACCAGGGUCACAUGGUUAAGGUCAACUAACAAGAACACGAUGCUGAUUAAUACCAGUGUUCCUCAAACUGCUGCAAUAAGGCCAUGUUUGUCUCUGAAGGAAACCAACCAUGUUUAAAGACCAACUACACAUUCCUGCUCUGAUAUUCAAUGCUCUUCCAUUUGAUUGCAGUCUCUGGUCUUGCGUCCAGAAUAGGUUUUGCUGGUUCAUAAGUACUACUGUUGUUGUUCGAC